GCACGCCCUUUUUGAUCUUCAAUUCUUCAAUAAUGAAUUAUUUGAUCUUUUUCCCAUUCUUUGUUGCAGGAUCUUUCACAGCCAAAAGUAGAAGCUACUUUACCGGAUGGCCUUUUGGUAGUGCCUCUAUUAAGGCACCAGAGAAUUGCGCUGGCAUGGAUGCUGCAGAAGGAGACACUUAGUAGGACUUGUUUAGGUGGAAUCCUGGCUGAUGAUCAGGGUCUUGGUAAGACUGUAUCGAUGAUUGCCCUUGUACAAAUGCAGAUGCAUUUGCAGUCAAAAUACACUUCAGAUGAUCAAUGCAGGUUGAAACCUGAACCCUUGAGUUUGGAUGAUGAUGAUAAUGAUGAUGGUGGUGGUGUUUCUGAUUUUGCAAAGUUAAAGCAUGAUGGAGUAUCGAGUGAUGGUAUAAGGAUUUCAGAGUUAGCUACGUCUAUUCCUGCAUUUUACAAGGGUAAGCCAGCAGCAGGUACUUUGGUUGUGUGCCCAGCAAGUGUUCUUCGUCAGUGGGCCAGGGAACUGACUGACAAAGUUGCAGAAAGCGCUAAACUGAAAGUUUUGGUCUAUCAUGGAGGCGCUAGGACGAAGGAUCCUUCUGAACUGGCAAAAUAUGAUGUGGUUCUCACAACAUAUUGUAUUGUAACUAAUGAAGUUCCAAAGCAACCUAUAGUUGAUGAGGAUGAUGGUGAUCAAAGAAAUGGGGAAAAUCAUGGAUUAUCUUCCGAAUUUUCGACCAGUACGAAAAAGAAAAAGACAUCCAAUGACAGUAAGAAAAGAAAGAAGGGUAGAAAGGGUACUGAUGGUUCAUCUAUUGAUUUUGGUUCUGGUGCACUUGCUAGAGUUGUUUGGUUUAGGGUUAUAUUAGAUGAAGCUCAAACCAUAAAAAACCACAGAACUCAAGUGGCUAGAGCUUGCUGUGGUCUUCGAGCUAAAAGAAGGUGGUGCUUAUCUGGAACUCCUAUACAAAAUACAAUUGAUGAUCUGUACAGCUACUUCAGAUUUCUGAAGUAUGAUCCAUAUGCUCUCUAUAAAAAUUUCUGUCUACAGAUAAAGUACCCAAUAUCCAGAAAUGCUUCCUGUGGAUACAAGAAACUUCAAGCAGUUCUGAAGACUAUAAUGCUGCGCCGUACAAAAGGCACACUAAUCGAUGGGGAUCCUAUUAUUAGAUUACCACCCAAAUCAGUAAACUUGACUAAGGUGGAAUUCUCUACUGAGGAGCGGGCUUUCUAUUCAAACCUAGAAGCUGAUUCACGUUUGCAGUUCAAGAAAUAUGCUGCUGCUGGCACGGUGAAUCAGAACUAUGCGAACAUUCUAUUAAUGCUUUUGCGUCUCCGCCAAGCUUGUGACCAUCCUCUCCUUGUGAAAGAUUAUCACUCGGAUCCUGUUGGAAAAGUUUCCCUAGAGAUGGCAAGGUUACUCCCUAGGGAUAUGCUGGUCAAUUUAUUAAGUCACUUGGAAGCUUCUUUGGCAAUUUGUAGUGUAUGCAGUGACCCACCUGAAGAUGCUGUUGUGACAAUGUGUGACCAUGUCUUCUGCUAUCAGUGCAUAUCUGAAUAUUUAACUGGUGAGGACAAUCAGUGUCCUGCACCUAAAUGCACAGAAUCACUAGGUUCUGAUAUUGUGUUUUCUGGGGCUACUCUAAAAAGUUGUAUUGCAGAUGAGCUUGAUGGUUAUACCAAUUCUUAUGAGCUUUCUGAGAGAUCUGUAGCUCCACAGAAUGUGUACAGUUCUUCCAAAAUUAGAGCUACAAUAGAAAUUCUGCAGUCUCUUGGCAAGCUGAACAAUCCAAGUUCAGAACUUGGUUCUCAGUGCUGUGGUGCAAUUCCUUCUGCUUCAAGCCCUCAAACAAGAGGACCUGUAAAGGCUAUUGUGUUCUCCCAGUGGACUAGUAUGCUGGACUUAGUUGAGAUUGCAUUGAAUGACUCUUGUUUACAGUAUAGAAGACUUGAUGGGACAAUGUCCCUGGCUUUAAGAGACAAGGCUGUCAAAGAUUUCAACAGUGAUACAGAGGUGACUGUUAUGCUGAUGUCACUAAAAGCAGGAAAUCUUGGUCUUAACAUGGUUGCUGCUUGUCAUGUUAUUCUACUUGAUCUCUGGUGGAAUCCAACAAGCGAAGAUCAGGCUAUUGAUAGAGCACAUAGAAUUGGGCAGACUCAUCCUGUAACCGUUUCUCGGAUAACUGUCAAAGAUACCGUGGAAGAUCGGAUUUUAGCUCUGCAGGAGGAGAAGAGGAAGAUGGUUGCAUCUGCUUUUGGAGAAGAUCAAGCAGGAGGUUCAGCAACUGGACUUACAGUGGAAGAUCUGAGAUAUCUGUUCAUGGUCUGAACCACUUCUCCUCUCUAUGCUCAGAGUUGCCAGGUACUCCAAGUAUACUGUUUUUGAAGGAAAUCCCAAGGACCCAAACCUGAAUUUGAAUGGUUGAGACGGAAGCGAAGCUGUGGCUGUGCCUCAUGCUGCUCAGCUACCACUCAAGCUCGAGUGAUUUGUAAUUUACUAUUUUUGUUUAAUAGCUGGGCUUAAGAGCCAGUUUUGUUUAUUUACAAUGCAAAUCUAGUAAAGCGAACAGAAUGUAAAUAUCUAAAUUAUAAAUAUACAUGCCCAAUUUUAAAUGA